UGAACUGGCGGUUAUACUAUAAUUUUUAAAAACUAAAUUUUGACAAAGGUCAGUUUGACGUCCAGUGAAUUCCUGUGUAUUGGUUUGAAUUUAGCUUUGCGCUGAAUGCGCUCAAAAUUUUCAGUAAAUUCGUUAUAUUAUUCGUGUUUUGUGAAAUGUCGUCCACGUUGAUUUUUGUUGGUUUGCCGGAGGACUCGAAAAGCUCUAUUACCAAGCUCCUGUCGGUAGCUGCGUCCCGGAGUGUUGCCGAAUUUAGCUAUGGAGAACAUUUGCCAGAGACUCCAUCGGAAGAUAAUGGAGUGCCGAACGCGCCCAAGAGCUGCAUCGGCGAGAUCUUCAACGCCGACACGACGGACGGCGGCAGCCCGCUGAAGAACGGCUCGACGCGCCCGCGAGUGGUGCGCGACACGCCAACACGCCCCCGGGACACGCACUCCAGACUUUUUGGACAGGCCGCAAACAACCAGGUGUCGCCGAUGAUCACGGACACCAUCCGCAGCAAUAUACAGUUCGGCGACUCCGAGAUGAACGGUGGCAGUCCAUCUCACUCCCCGUCCAAGAUGAUGAACGGCAGCGCCACCUCCACGCCCAGCCGAGGUGAGAACGGGCCCGCGGAACACUCGUUGUACUCGCCACCGAAGAGGAAUCCGGUGACGGGUGAUGGAGUCCCACUACCGCCGCCGAGACGCCGUCACCCCGCCGCCAGCCUGCGAGAAGGCAACCCGAUCACCGGCGACGGCUACAAAUCGAUGAACGGCCAGAUUAACACUGUGACGUCAAUAAACGGCACCAGCAGCAUGAUCCAGCACAACCGCGUGCCGCCGGGCGGUUACUCCUCCGGACUAUGGUAGACUUCUACCCUCGAACCCACCACUACACUCGACUAGCCAGCGGCCGACGACCAGCCAUCACACUCGUCGCUACGCUCUAACACGGAUCGGACACUCUCAUACUUCUGCAUGACGCGCUCCACAUAUUUAUAUCGCUUCGGUAAUAAUGUACGGAUUUGAAUCGGAACGCGGCAUGCAGAAGUGCGCCAUUCUAGCGUGCUCCCAUCCAACGAUGCAUUUAUUUCACUUACCUGUUUCGUUCAACUUUGGCAUUGGCAAACUUUAGUAACGCAACGUGCACGUAAAAUUGCAACGUCCAUAAAAUCAAAUAGGGUAUAUGUUGUUAAUUAAAUCCUUAGCCUGUCCCAGUAACAAUUUCAUUCGAAUAAUUUAGAAUAGAUUUAUAGAUAUUUUUAUAAUAGUAAUUAUUCGAUAGUUGUUGUAAAGACGGUAGAUUGGCGAUCUUUGAAAUCAUAAGUGAACAAUAUUGGGCGUUACUAAGUCUACUUACUGUCUAUUUAUUCAAAUUAUGAUUUCAAAGUGUAACGCUGUGUAAUUGUAAGAACUUGAAAAAUUGUACUCUUUCACGUAUGUAUGUACGAUUAUGUUAACCCAAUGAUAUUGUGAAUUAGGAGUGAGGAAACGUAUCAGCAAUAUACCAAAACGAAUAGUGCCUUGAUCGGUGAUGUCUUGGAAUUCUGUAAGAAUCGGCGUGCGUCUGUAUAGGCGUUGAAGCACCUAUGGGCGUAGGAAAAAUUAUGAUUAUAUUAUCUAUAUUUCACAGUAUAGAAAUAGUAAUCAUGCGGCACUCGGGCUAAUUCAUACAAAUAAAUUAAAACUAAUUUUAAUAUUUCGACACUAUUUAAUUAAGAAACUUUAAUAUCGUUUGUUAAAUUUCAUUAUAUCAUAAUAUUUAAACAGAGGGUUUAUAGAAUGCAUUUAUUUUGUGUCUUUUAUACAAGUUUAUUUUUUUUUAGUUUAUUUCUAUUCAUUUAGUAAUAAAAUGUGAAGACAGAUUUGAAUUUUGGUUCAAUUAUCUGUUAACAGUAGAACGGAAUGCACUUUUUGAAGUAUAAUACGAGCAAGGUUGGGAAUCGGGGAAUUGUUUCUUUUGCUCGUAGGUACUAGCUAUAAUUUAAGAGAUAGCUUAAGAAUUUCACGAUUGCUUCGCAUUGCCAGUAUUAUACUUUCACAGGAGUGUAACCGCGAAUAGGUGGUGACGAUGUUUAGACUUAGCGUAGGCAUAUCAUCUUUGUAAAAACGUUUUAAUAUAUCUAACAUGGUAACGCAUAAUCUCUGGCCUAAGUGUAACAAUGUUAAUAGAUAAUAACCACUAUUUCAAAAUAAAGUUUUUUUUUUAUUAAUAUUA